AUGGCCGCGGAUAUGCGAGCACUUCGCUCCUUUGUGACGGCUAUAGACGACCGAAAGUAUGACAACGUCCCAGACGGAAUAGUGUGCUUACUAAUUACCCACAGUAAUCUCAAAUUGCAAAUGGUGGAUAUCCGAUUGGACUUGCAUAGCACGAUUGGAGAGCUGCGCCAUAAGGUGUAUCAACACACAGGAACCAAGCCAGAUGCUAUGGAACUGUUGAUUAUGCGUAACGAUGGGUCCAUAUAUCAUCGUUUGGAUAACGAUACGAGAAUGUUGGGAUUCUAUAGUGUGGAGAAUGGCAUGCGACUACAUGUUGUGGACAAGGAUCCAUUCUCACUCUCGAAAGGAGGCGGCCUCGAAGACGUCUCACUUGUCAAAAAGUACGAGAUCUCGGACAAAGACUAUGACAAACGCGAGAAGACUGUGCGUGCAUACAAGCGAGAACAACUUGCCAAAGACCCCAACUGGAAACCUAAGACCAUGAUGAAUGUGGCUAGACCUACUACGGAUUCGUCUACGUUUCCAGACUCAGACAGUGUGAUACAUAUGAAAGUGGGGGAUCGGUGUGAGGUGCAGCCUGGUGGACGUCGUGGAAAAGUGAUGUAUAUAGGAGAGAUUCCAGAGAUUGCACCUGGCUUUUGGGUAGGCGUGCAGUUUGAUGAGCCCGUUGGUAAAGGCAAUGGCUCAGUCAAGGGCGUAACGUACUGGAAAUGCGAGAACAAAUACGGCGGCUUUGUUCGUCCGCAUAACGUGGUAGUAGGCGACUAUCAGGUGCUCGAUCCAUUUGCUGACUUAUCAGACGACGAUAACGAGCUGUAG